GCUCAGCUCAGGUAUUUAAAAUUUUUGUGUUCUUUAUCCGAUUACUCGAUUAUUUGAACCUAUUUCGAAUGAACAAACGUUCCCAGUCCAAAUGGACUGGGCGUCGAACACCGUCAAUGGCAGCCUUAGAGUUACCUGAGACACUAUUAUGGUGAAAGAUUUUGGGAGCAACUUGUUGGUUCCUUUUUAAUUUUUAAUUUUUUAGACAUUGGCACCUUUUUAAAACGAUAUCUCGAUUCUUGGCAGGAGCAUAUCGAUAACCUUUUGGGACAUAAAGUAUCACGAUAUAUCACCAUUUCGAUAUAUUGUCACACCCCUAAUGGCCAUCACUCUAAAUGGCAGCCAAUGAGUUAAUAAUCACCCAAAAUGUGGUCUUUAUGAGGUUCAUUUUUCUUUUUUAAAUGACCAAUAAUAAUCACUUGAAGAAUGCUGACUCAACCAAUAUCCAUUAAGUAGCACUCACAUUUGUGACAAUAGAAAAGCUGCAUUGCCGGCAUUUAUGUCAAUUAGUCUUUUAGUGUGCACACUAUGAUGGACUGUGUGGCACAGACCACUCCCUCCUCACCACACACACACACGAACACACCCGCUCUCUUGCUUUCUGUGUAUUUGUUUGUUUGUACGAGCGAGCGUUGGACUGCGAUGGAGCCCGGCAGUCCCAAGAAGAUCCAGUUUGACGUCCCGCCACUGCAGGGACACUUAGACCCUCAGGCUGCUGAACACAUACGUCGCAGACGACCAACGCCUGCCACUCUGCAAAUAUACAGACAGCCUGAUGUUGGGGAUCAGAAUAACGCCAGCGGAGGCACUCAGUCUGCAGAAGGCGCUCAGAGAAAGCAGAGCAUCUUAGCACCGCCCACCAUGAAAGAGCUUCAGUUUGGGGGACAAAACCUCCCCGGGGGCACGGACAGUCAGUUGAGUCCAAUCACGGCACAGCUCUACUCCAGCUCCUUCCCUUGGGCCAAUCUGAAUGGGCCCGAAGAAGCUAACGGCAACCAAGCGGGCCUUUUUGCCAAUCAGCAGCAGGGCGUGCCGCAAAGCAACAGUACAGCGGGCAGGUCCCAAUAUACUGUACCCGAAGAAGAAGACCAGGAAGUGGACAUUUAGCAUCAGAAAGAAUGAUGUGGUUUUGAUUUUGAAAAUUUGGAAUAAAACAAACGAGGGUACGACAUGAAACAAAUUCAAUGUGCUUCUACGAAACUCAUUUGAAAUGUCCCAUUAUUUACAAUCCCUAUAAUCAUGACUUAAUGUGAACACAUACAACUGCAGGAAAAAACGUUAUUAUCAAUGUAUUUUAUCAUGCAAAACACUUGUUAAUAAAUCAUUAGUUCCAAGUUGUUGCAGGUGAUAAUGAAACAUUCCAUAGUGAUGCUUGCAUGUGCCAAGCAGAGGUGGGUAGUAACGCGUUUUCUCCAUUACAGUCACUUGACUUUUUGAGAAAAAUGUACCUCCUAGUUUACCACGCAAUAUUUUUUUACUUUCACUUAAGUAAAUUAGUGAAAGAAGAAACAUUACUCUUACUCCGAUA